AUGAAAUAUUACAACCAUUUACCCUUCUCAAAAGCAGCAAAUGCUCAGAAUGCAAAUAUUCUUUGUCUGUUCUAUUCAACUCUUUUCUAUCUAUCUAUCUAUCUAUCUAUCUAUCUAUCUAUCUAUCUAUCUAUCUAUAUAUAUAUAUAUAUAGUGAGCAACAAACAUUAUUCUUCUUUCUUUUGUUCUCUUUUAACUCUGUAUGACUUCUUUCACAGUUUAAUUUUUAUAUAUUUUCUUUUCCUUUUUUCAUUCUCUUUUUUUCUUCAUUUUUCAUUAUUAACAUCUUUUCUUUCCAUUUUUAUCUUUUCUCUUUUCUUUUUAACUAUCAAAUUAUUUCUCUUUUUUUGUUUUCCAUCUCAUCUUUCCUUUUUGCUUUCCAACACUCUCAUCUUUCCUUUUGGCUUUCCAACACUCUCAUCUUUUCUCUUUUCCUUUUUUUUUUUCGGCCUCAUCUUUUCCUUUUUUUUUUCAGCUUCAUCUUUUUCCUUUUUUUUUUUUUUUUCAGACUCAUCUUUUCCUUUUCCUUUUUUUUUCAGCCUCAUCUUUUCCUUUUUUCUUUUUUUUUUUCAGCCUCAUUUUUUCCUUUUCCUUUUUUUUUCAGCCUCAUCUUUUCCUUUUCCUUUUUUUUUCAGCCUCAUCUUUUCCUUUUCCUUUUUUUUUCAGCCUCAUCUUUUCCUUUUCUUUUUUUUUCAGCCUCAUCUUUUUUUUUUUUUCAGCCCAUCUUACCCUCAUCUUUUCCUUUUUUUUUCUGCCUCAUCUUUUCCUUUUUUUUUUUUUUUCAGCCUCAUCUUUUCCUUUUUAAUUUUAUCUCUUUUAUCUUUUUUGUUAUUCUUACUUUUCUUAGAACAUUUUACUUUCUCUUUCAUCUCUAGAUUUUUUUCAUUCCUACCUAUUCUUUCAUUUUCACAUUUCUUUUUUCUUUUUUUUUCUUCCUUCAUUUUCUUGUAUUCUCUUUCUUUCCUUUAUUCUUUUAUUAAUUUCUCUUCUUUUAUUUUUUCUGCUUCUUUCCUGUCUUUUUGA